AUUCGCCGGGAGGAGGGGAAGGUGGAGCAAGGGAGGAGGGGGGAGCCGGGAGGAGCGGCCGGGCCUGGGGCCUUGAGGCCCGGGAGAGCCGGGGAGCCGGGGAGCCGGGCCGGCGCGCCGAGAUGCUGCUGUUGCUGCUGCUGGCGCCGCUCUUUCUCCGCCCCCCGGGCGCGGGCGGGGCGCAGACCCCCAACGCCACCUCUGAAGGUUGCCAGAUCAUACACCCGCCCUGGGAAGGGGGCAUCAGGUACAGGGGCCUGACUCGGGACCAGGUGAAGGCCAUCAACUUCCUGCCCGUGGACUAUGAGAUUGAGUAUGUGUGCCGGGGGGAGCGCGAGGUGGUGGGGCCCAAGGUGCGCAAGUGCCUGGCCAACGGCUCCUGGACAGAUAUGGACACGCCCAGCCGCUGUGUCCGAAUCUGCUCCAAGUCUUAUUUGACCCUGGAAAAUGGGAAGGUUUUCCUGACGGGUGGGGACCUCCCAGCUCUGGACGGAGCCCGGGUGGAUUUCCGAUGUGACCCCGACUUUCAUCUGGUGGGCAGCUCCCGGAGCAUCUGUAGUCAGGGCCAGUGGAGCACCCCCAAGCCCCACUGCCAGGUGAAUCGAACGCCACACUCAGAACGGCGCGCUGUGUACAUCGGGGCGCUGUUUCCCAUGAGCGGGGGCUGGCCGGGGGGCCAGGCCUGCCAGCCCGCGGUGGAGAUGGCGCUGGAGGACGUGAAUAGCCGCAGGGACAUCCUGCCGGACUAUGAGCUCAAGCUCAUCCACCACGACAGCAAGUGUGACCCAGGCCAAGCCACCAAGUACCUGUACGAGCUGCUCUACAACGACCCCAUCAAGAUCAUCCUUAUGCCUGGCUGCAGCUCUGUCUCCACGCUCGUGGCUGAGGCUGCCAGGAUGUGGAACCUCAUUGUGCUUUCCUACGGCUCCAGCUCACCAGCUCUGUCGAACCGACAACGCUUUCCUACCUUCUUCCGAACUCACCCAUCGGCUACACUCCACAAUCCCACCCGGGUGAAACUCUUCGAGAAGUGGGGCUGGAAGAAGAUCGCUACCAUCCAGCAGACCACUGAGGUCUUCACCUCGACUCUGGACGACCUGGAGGAGCGGGUUAAGGAGGCUGGAAUUGAGAUUACCUUUCGUCAGAGUUUCUUCUCGGAUCCAGCUGUGCCCGUCAAAAACCUUAAGCGCCAGGAUGCCCGGAUCAUCGUGGGACUUUUCUACGAGACUGAAGCCCGGAAAGUUUUUUGUGAGGUGUACAAGGAGCGGCUCUUUGGGAAGAAGUACGUCUGGUUCCUCAUUGGGUGGUAUGCUGACAAUUGGUUCAAGAUCUAUGACCCGUCCAUCAACUGCACAGUUGACGAGAUGACCGAGGCGGUGGAGGGCCACAUCACCACUGAGAUCGUCAUGUUGAACCCGGCCAACACUCGCAGCAUUUCCAACAUGACGUCCCAGGAGUUUGUGGAGAAACUGACCAAACGACUAAAACGACACCCCGAGGAGACGGGAGGCUUCCAGGAGGCACCCCUAGCCUAUGAUGCCAUCUGGGCCUUGGCACUGGCCCUCAACAAGACGUCCGGAGGGGGCGGCCGUUCGGGCGUGCGCCUGGAAGACUUCAACUACAACAACCAGACCAUAACUGACCAAAUCUACCGGGCAAUGAACUCCUCGUCCUUUGAGGGUGUUUCUGGCCAUGUGGUGUUUGAUGCCAGCGGCUCUCGGAUGGCAUGGACACUCAUCGAGCAGCUGCAGGGUGGCAGCUACAAGAAGAUUGGCUAUUAUGACAGCACCAAGGAUGACCUUUCCUGGUCCAAAACAGAUAAGUGGAUUGGAGGGUCCCCUCCAGCUGACCAGACCUUGGUCAUCAAGACGUUCCGCUUCCUGUCACAGAAACUCUUUAUCUCCGUCUCCGUUCUCUCCAGCCUGGGCAUUGUUCUAGCUGUUGUCUGUCUGUCCUUUAACAUCUAUAACUCCCAUGUCCGUUAUAUCCAGAACUCACAGCCCAACCUGAAUAAUCUGACUGCUGUGGGCUGCUCACUAGCAUUAGCCGCCGUCUUCCCCCUCGGGCUGGAUGGUUACCACAUCGGGAGAAGUCAGUUCCCUUUCGUCUGCCAGGCCCGCCUCUGGCUCCUGGGUUUGGGCUUUAGCCUGGGCUACGGCUCCAUGUUCACCAAGAUCUGGUGGGUCCAUACAGUCUUCACAAAGAAGGAGGAAAAGAAAGAGUGGAGGAAGACCCUGGAGCCCUGGAAGCUGUACGCCACGGUGGGCCUGUUGGUGGGCAUGGACGUCCUCACCCUUGCCAUCUGGCAGAUCGUGGACCCCCUGCACCGGACCAUUGAGACUUUUGCCAAGGAGGAGCCGAAGGAAGAUAUUGACGUGUCUAUUCUGCCCCAGCUGGAGCACUGUAGCUCCAAGAAGAUGAACACGUGGCUUGGCAUCUUCUAUGGUUACAAGGGGCUGCUGCUGCUGCUGGGUAUCUUUCUUGCUUAUGAGACCAAGAGUGUGUCCACUGAGAAGAUCAAUGACCACCGGGCUGUGGGCAUGGCCAUCUACAAUGUGGCGGUUCUGUGCCUCAUCACUGCCCCGGUCACCAUGAUCCUGUCCAGCCAGCAGGAUGCUGCCUUUGCCUUCGCCUCCCUCGCCAUAGUUUUCUCCUCCUAUAUCACCCUGGUGGUGCUCUUUGUGCCCAAGAUGCGCAGGCUGAUCACCCGAGGGGAGUGGCAGUCGGAGGCACAGGACACCAUGAAGACAGGGUCCUCGACCAACAACAACGAGGAGGAGAAGUCCAGGCUGUUGGAGAAGGAGAACCGCGAGCUGGAGAAGAUCAUCGCCGAGAAAGAGGAGCGCGUCUCUGAACUGCGCCAUCAGCUCCAGUCACGGCAGCAGCUCCGAUCCCGGCGUCACCCUCCGACACCCCCAGACCCCUCGGGGGGCCUGCCCAGGGGGCCCCCUGAGCCCCCUGACCGGCUUAGCUGUGAUGGAAGUCGAGUCCACUUGCUUUACAAGUGA